UUAUCUCAAAUGGUUCAGCUUCGGCCAAGAGAAAGUCGGGCUUUUUCUGGGUUUACAGAAGCCGAGGGCUCCUGGGUAAGUUUGGAUUGGGGUGUCAAUAUACUUUUCAUUUCAACUCCUUAACUUGCCAUGGAAAUAUGAUUCGGAUAGAGAAAAUGGAGAAGGUACUUAUGGAGGCAGGACAAAACCCACUGAAUCAAGAUACCUGCCAAAAGCUUGCACGCAGUUUUAGUCGUUCUGCAGGUCGUGCUGGAAAACCUGUUGUAAAGUGGAGACAGAUUCAAAGUUGGUUUCAAGAUAAGCAGCAAGAAUUAGGUGCCAAAGUGCCUUCAUUGGCUAUUGUCCCCAAAGAAUCGAUUGAUCUCCCUAAUGCUCUAGAUUCAAACAAUCAACCCGAGGGUUCUUUUGAAAGGCCUAAAGAUGAAAAGAUUCCAGAUCUAUCAGAAUUGGAGUUCGAAGCUAGGUCAUCAAAAGAUGGGGCAUGGUAUGAUGUUGCUGUAUUUCUCACCCACAGAGUUCUUAGUUCAGGAGAACUUGAAGUACGUGUAAGAUUUGUUGGAUUUGGUGCUGAGGAGGAUGAGUGGGUGAAUGUGAAAAAGGCAGUCCGUGAGCGGUCCAUUCCUUUAGAGCCUUCAGAAUGUCAGAUGGUCAAGAUUGGAGACCUUGUCCUCUGCUUCCAGGAGAGAAAGGACCAGGCAAUCUACUAUGAUGCUCGUGUUUUGGAAAUACAAAGGAAACUACAUGACAUAAGGGGUUGCAGGUGCCUAUUCUUGGUUCGCUAUGACCAUGAUAGCACUGAGGAGAGAGUUCGUUUGAGGAGAUUAUGUCGCCGGCCAACAUAUUAGGUUAUCACCCAAUCCAUGACUGGCUAGUAUGCUUGAUUUCUUGUGUCGUAAGAAAACUGAAACCGAAUGGAGCUUCAUUGUACAGUGUCACUAGUUAAUAGUCCAAGUAAAAUGCCUUUUUUUUUGUGGACGAGUAAAAUAGCUAUUACAACUGGCUUGCAAUUACUGGAUGUCAGGAAGACGAUAUAGGGAAUAUAGCAUAUGGACUACCAAGAGUUGGUAUUGAAUGCAAGUUUUGCCAAGUGCAAUUGAUUA